AUGGUGCUACUUGAUGCGCCAGAGCUUUCGUUGGCCUCGGCCGGGGCUGUUUUGUCCAUCGCGACAAUUUCGUCGCUAGUUUUACGCAUCUUUUAUAACUUGGACUUACGCCCGUUAUCCAGGUAUCAUGGCCCGUGGUACGCCACUUCAUUCUCUCUUUGCUCCGCUGUCAUUUCCGUCGUUGGGCUCGAACCACAUUGGAUGCUGUACCUGGCCAAGCGAUAUGGAUAUGAGAAGCCUAUCCGUAUAGCACCGUCUCUUCUGUUGUUUCCCCAGUCCAAGGCUAUCAAAGACAUUUACUGGGAUUCAAAGUGCAAUAACAAGGCACCUCUCUACGGUUCCGGCGCACUUGGCCCACCGCACCUGUUCUCAACUAUUGAUGGGAGUGUGCAUAAGUGUUUGAGAAAAGCCCUAGGUGGUCCGUCGUGGCCCGUUGGGGGGUUGAAGAACAAUUGGGAACCACGAAUCGACAACCACAUUCGACUUUUCGUGCAAAGAAUGACCGAGUUUGCCGACAAGAAUCAGCCCCAAUUCGCAGCCGAUAUCAUGACGCUAGUCUGUUUUACCAACCCUUGGGGCUUCGUCGACAACAGUCGUGAUGAGCGCAACAUGCUCAAGAGCUGGCGAGAGGGAUUAGUCUUUUUCGGUUUCGCCGGUCGUUUUCGCUUCUUUCGGGAUGUGAUUCUCAAAGGCUCGUUGAGUAAAUACUUCCUACCAGGGACAAGCGACGACAACGGCAUGGGCUACUUGAUGAGGCAAGCAGACAGAGAGGUCUCAGGCCGGGGGCAGCGCAUGUCGCAAGAAGACUUUUCCCAGGAAAGACCAGACUUUUUGCAACUGUGCCUGGAGGCACGGAUAGACGGACAACCAUUGACGGCGAUGCAGAGGCGGGCGCACGUCACGUUGCUAAUCCAAGCCGGCGCAGACACAACUGGCACGGCGCUUGGUAGCACCCUUCGCUUUAUUCUGACGCAUCCGCCAGUGUUCGCACGUGCACGAGUCGAAUUGAAAGCUGCUUCCGAUGCAAGGCUUUUGAGUACGCCGAUCCAAUUCGAGGAGACGAGGGCGCACUUGCCAUACUUCAUUGCAUGUAUCAAAGAAUCUCUGAGACUCCACCCGCCCGCGACGAACCUUUUCGGCCGAGUAGCGCCGUCGCCGGACGGCAAGGUCGUUGACGGCACCUGGGUUCCGGCUGGAGCAGAGAUCACGAGCAGUGCGUACGUCGUCCAGCGAGAUCCUCAUCUAUAUGCCCUGGACCCAGAGGCGUACCGACCCGAGCGGUGGCUUGAGGAUGAGGGGAAUUUGAAGGAGCACAUCAACGAGAUGGAUGCUUCUGCUUUUGUGUUUGGCGUUGGUCCACGGGUUUACCUGGGCAAGGACGUUGCAGUCAUGAAAGUGUAUAAGUUGCUUCCAGAAAUUGUUCGGCAGUUUGACUUUCACAUAAAGGAGGAGGGUACGUUCGUGGUUGUCGGCGGUAUUGCGUAA